GACUUGCCGCCUGCGUAAAUAAUGGCGCUAGUGCCAUAAGGACCUUUAAACACAGUACACAAUUCUCUUAUCUUCACCGUCCAUAAGUCACCUCAGAUGACCAGUGUAGGACGCAGCAUCAUGCGAGCAGUUCUUGUACGUCAGUUUGGUGGGGUGGAGCAGAUGAAAGUGGAGAAUGAUGUACCAAUUCCCUCUGUCGGUGAUAAGCAGGUACUAAUCAGGGUUUUCAUAUCUGGAGUGAACCCAGUCGACACAUAUAUCCGAGAGGGUGUAUUUGUGGUGCGGCCUGACCUGCCAUAUACCCCAGGGUAUGACGGUGCAGGGGUGGUGGAGGCCGUAGGGAAACGUGUUACUCAGUUCAAGCCGGGAGAUCGCGUCUUCACCUCUCAUGGUACUCAGAUCGGAACUCUGGCCGAAUUCACGUGUGCAGACGAAACCCGUGUCUUCCCUCUCGAUGACAAGCUAACUUUUACCCAGGGUGCGGGCAUAGGCAUUCCUUACUUCACAGCUUACCGCGCCUUGUUCCAGAAAGCCCACGCCAAGAAGGGAGAGCGAGUACUGAUCCACGGGGCAAGCGGUGCUGUUGGUCUGGCAGCGGUGCAGAUCGGUAAAGCACAUGGUUUAUGCAUCGUUGGAACGGCUGGCACCAAAGAAGGCUUGGAGCUCGUCAAGAACAUGGGUGCUGAUGCUGUCUUUAACCAUCGAGAAAAACAGUACAUGGCCCAGCUCGAACAGGGGGAGAAAUUUGACGUCAUUCUUGAAAUGUUAGCUAACGUUAAUCUGGGAAAGGACCUGACUCUGAUGAGCCCUCGAGGAAGGACUAUUGUGAUUGGCUCACGAGGAACUGUGACCAUCGACCCACGCCUUCUCAUGGGACUCGAAAGUUCUGUAAUGGGUGUUGCCCUCUUAACUGCCACGCCCGAUGAAUGGAAAGACCUGACUGCUGGUGUGGUGGAAGGCAUCAAGGCUGGCUGGGUGAAACCUAUAGUAGACAAGGUGUAUACUUUAGAGGAGGCCGGCAAUGCUCACCAUGAUAUCAUCAACUCCAAAGGUGCCAAGGGGAACCUGGUAGUUAAGGUGCAAGAUUAACCCACAGAUGUUACAGGUGCAAGAUUAACCCAAAGAUGUUACAGGUGCAAGAUUAACCCACAGAUGUUAAAGGUGCAAGAUUAACCCAACGAUGUUACAGGUGCAAGAUUAACCCACAGAUGUUACAGGUGCAAGAUUAACCCACAGAUGUUACAGGUGCAAGAUUAACCCACAGAUGUUACAGGUGCAAGAUUAACCCACAGAUGUUACAGGUGCAAGGUUUAACUACAGUUGCUACAAGAUGAACCAUAGUUGCCUGGUCAAAAUUUUCUGCUCAAAUGAGGGAGUUUUAUGGCUCAUCGGAUGUAGUUACAGCUGGUUGGUUAUAAAUAAGUCUUCCA